AUGAGGAGUAGCAUAACAGACAGCGGUGUUGAGGUUAUUUACCCAACACAAGUGCCUAGACUCAAACGUGAGUAUAGAACAGUCAAUUCGGAAAUUGCUUCUCGAAUGGAAGCAAGAGCUAAUACUACCUCCGAAUUCGACACAAGCACUGACUACACAUUCAGUCCCCAGAACAUUAGUAGUUUCCAUUCACCCUUUAACUCUUUGAAUCCACAUUUAGUUGUUAGUACUCCUGAUCAGAGCAAAGUCAGGUUUCAAGAGCCUCACUCUUUGAGACAUGGUAAUCUUGGUAUGUUUGACAAUCCGGUAGCGGUAGCGAUGCCACCAUACCAAAAUAAGGAAUUUUUCCGUUUUUUACAAACAAUGGCCAAGGACUUGGAAAUAGAGUUUUCUGAAAACUGUGAAAAGGACAUUAUUGAGAAGGUUUGUGACUUGAAGAGAUCUUUAAAGAGUAAUCAGUUUCAAGCUUCAAAAUACUCUGAGGAAUGUCGUGAUCUUCAAGAGAGGUUAAAUAUCAAGCAAGUAGAAAAUGCCAAACUUCAACAACAAGUAGAUCAAAGUGCCAAUGAAGCAAGAAAAACCUUGUCGGAUUUGUUAGCUUGUAAAAAGGACUGUGAGACAAUUGAAGCAGAGCUGUUGAAGAAAAUGGAAUCACAAGAAAAGUUGAUUGGAAAGUUGGAAAGUGAAUUGGCUAAAGUAACCAAGAGAGAAGCUCAAUUGGCAAAGGAAAACCAAACUCAAACAGCUAUAAGCAAUGAGAUACAGAGUUUGAGCAAAACCCACGAAACAACAUUGAGUAAAAAGAAACAAUUGGAGACGGACUUGUUGAAUUUGCAGGAGAAACAAAAGAACUUGGUCAAGGAGAACCAGGACCUCAAGGCGUUAAUUCUGUCAAAUGAAAAAGAAUUGCAGCAACUCCGAAAACUAGCAGAAGCAGCAAAAGAUUCAACUGAAGAAAAGAAGCAGUUGGAAAAGAAGAUUGCGUUUACCAAAUCCAAGUAUUUGAAGAAAAUGAAGAAUGUUGAAAACGAAUCAACAAAGAUUAUCCAUCAAUUAUACGUUGAAAUCAAAAUUUUGAAAAACAUAAUUGAACUACAUGUUGAUAACUCGAAUUUGGCGUCAAACGAGUUAACUUCGCCAAUUGAGGAAAUAAAAUUAGAGUUGGAUAAACGGUUGUUCACAUCUCCCGAGUCCGAUUCUAAUGUGUUAUACUUGCGUCAACUAUACGAAAACAGGUAUAUCAACGCUUUAAAUGAAUCUAAGGAACUUUUAGACUCAAACAGGAUAAAUGAAACAAUGAUUGUAAAUCUAUUUAAAUUGAGUAUUGGCUAUUUCGAAAAAUUGAUACCUAGACAUGAAAAAAACUCAUACUUUAAUUUACUAGUUAAAGAAUUGCACAAUAGAAAGAUUUUGCUGAAAAAUGACCUAAAUUUGAUUAACAAGUUGGUCGAGACGUUUGAUUACUUAUUUGGAGAAGUCAAUUCAAAGAUGACAGAAGUGGAAAAAAGGGCCAUACCCAAUCUAUAA